UACACAACAUAGAACACUUGAGCUGUCGUAUCCUCGCACACAAAGACGCGAUAAUUACAGCUCGGAGAUGUCUCGUUGUGUUUGUAAUGGCAGCUGCAUGGAGGAGCUGAAUUAUGGAGACGAAGAGGACAUAACGGUGGUCAUCUAUAAAACUGUGGAUGACUUUAAGGGCUACGACAUAGAGGUGGAGAACGCUGCUCUGAAGAGUAACCUACAAACUCAACACACAGACAAAAGGAGUGGCUGUUUCAGACUGACCUCAGUGUGUGUGUUGCUGCUGUGUGCCUUCCUGCUGACUGCCGUUACUGUGCUGUGGAUCAAGUACAACAACCUGACUAAAGAGAGUGAGUUACAGUUACAGCAGACCAUAUCAGAAUGUGACAGUGUGCUUAAAGCACUUGGAUGGAGAUUGUUCAGCUCGAGUGCUUACCACAUUACUACUCUACGGACCACCUGGAAUGAGACCAGAAAGGAAUGCAUGAAGAGAGGAGCAGAUCUGGUUAUCAUAAACAGCAGAGAGGAACAGGAGUUCAUCAGUAAAUAUGCUGCCGGUUUUCCAGUUUGGAUUGGUCUGACUGACAUUGAAACAGAGGGGGAAUUUAAAUGGGUGGACGGUUCACCACUGACCACUGAAUUCUGGACAUACCAAGAACCCAAUGAUCUUAGGGGUGAGGACUGUGCUAUAGCAAACUUUGUAGGGGCUAGGUCUGACAUCGUGAACUGGGCUGAUUAUCCCUGCUCCUUUCUUGUAGUUGGGAUUUGUGAGAUAAAGUCAGUUAUUGGAACUGAAAAAAUCUCAUAAUGAUAAGAAGAAUUUCAAUCACAUCUUCAUCAAGUCAUUUAAAAUGUAGACUAAUGAAAAGAUAUAAACAUAAAGUAAUGACUAAUGAUUCAUUAUAAAGGCUUUCUACUGACUUCACGAGGUGCAAAAUAACAACAACAAUAAUGAACGUGUUAUAGCCGGUAAUACCGCCAGAUAAAAACUUUUACUACAAAUUCAUUUCUCUGUAAUUUCUUAGUUCUUCUGUUCCUCUCGAGUUGUAGUUUGUUGAUUUGAAAUGCUUUUUUAAAUUAAUAUAUGUUCAAAUUUGAAAAGUAAAAUACACACUUCUCUAUAAAUCUGA